AUGUCCUCAGAUGGGGUGGGGAGGGGGGACAAAGGGGGCAAGGGAGUCUCUAGGCUAAGAGUGGGGUCCUGGAACAUAGAAAAUUUGACAGGGAAGUCUAUAGAGUUAGCGAAGAUCCUCCAGAAGAGGAAGAUCAACAUAGCUUGUGUCCAGGAGACUAGAUGUGUGGGUUUGAAGGCUCGAGAUGCUGAUGGGUUUAAAUUGUGGGUCUCAGGACGCGAGAGGGAUAAGAAUGGGGUAGGUAUCUUAGUUGACAGGGAUCUUACGGAGCUAGUGAUAGAAGUUAGGAGGGUGAACGACAUGCUGAUGGCUAUUAAGCUGGUUGUGGGAGGGUCUACUUUAAAUAUGAUUAGUGCUACGCGCAUUAAGUGGGUUUGGACGAGGAAAUUAAGAGGCGCUUCUGGGAAGAAUUUGACAGGAGGGGAUUUCAAUGGUCACAUUAGGGCGACAUCUGGGGGGUAUGACGGCGUACAUAGCGGCUUUGGCUUUGGAGUUAGGAACGGAGGAGGUACUUCGUUAUUGGACUAUGCUAAAGCCUUUGAUUUGGUGAUUGCCAACUCGUGUUUUACAAAAAAGGGAGAAGCACUUGGUUACAUUCCGGAGGGGAAGUUGUUGGCUGUGGGAGCAUGGAAGAGCAAUAGGGACGCGGGCUGUAUGUGGACCACGACAGCGAAGUGUAUUAGAGUAGUUGCGAGAGAAGUGUUAGGGGUCUCGAAGGGUUUCUUUGGCGGCCACAAAGGUGACUGGUGGUGGAGUGAGGAGGUACAAGAUAAAGUGGAAGCCAAGCAAGCGGCGUACUUGACGCUUAUAGAGAGCAUGGAUGAGGAGGCGAAGAGGAUGAACAUGGAGGGGUAUAGGAGGGCUAAGAAGGAGGCGAAGUUAGCGGUUAUUGCGGCUAAGACUGCGGCAUUUGGGCAUUUGUAUGAAGAACUUAGGGUCCUGGAACAUAGGAACUUUGACAGGGAAAUCUAUAGAGUUAUCAAAGAUCCUCUAGAAGAGGAAGAUCAACAUAGCUUGUGUCCAGGAGACUAG